AUGGUGGCCGACCGUAUGGAAUUGUGUAACAAUGCUGUGGAGUUCAAAUGGUCCUGGGUCCGGUCAAUGCUAAAUUACGUGGAAAAUGGGCAGCUUCAACAACUGAUUGGAAUGAUUGGAGGGUCUAACAUAGGGUCUGGGAACGAUAGUUGGAAAUGGAAGUAUGAGGCAUCAGGUGAGUUUAGUGUUGCAAAUGUUAAAAAAGUUCUUAACUCAGUCGCUCGGGUCAGACCUUCCAAAGUGUUCGAGUGGAACAAUUGGGUCCCGAAGAAGGUAGCUUUAGUGGCGUGGAGAGCUGAAAUGGAACGUCUACCAGCCAAGCUUGCGCUAUCGGCUCGAAACAUACCGGUUCAAAAUCAAUUAUGUGCGAUGUGCGGCGAGUAUGAGGAGUCUAGUGAACAUCUCUUUGUGUCAUGUCAUUUUGCACAAAUUAUUUGGCAGAACAUUGUGGGUUGGUGUACGGUACCUCCGAUCAUAGCAUUUGAUGUCAAGGAUCUACUAAUGCUGCAUGGUUUUAGUCCGGGUUCCGGAAAGAAGAGGAAAGCAUUCUAUGCCAUUGUUUUGGUGUCUUUCUGGAGUCAGAGCCGGCUCAAGGGGGAGUGA